AUGUUUCAAUUAGAUGUUCUUAUUGAUACAUCUGUAUUACCACCAAAUGUCAUGUCAUUACGUGAUGAUAAAUUUAUUGACUUCGUUAAAGAAGAUGCCGGUGAUGCUGCUGCUGCUCUACUUGAAGUACAAGGUAUUAAUUGUGUCAAGUCAUUGCUGAUGACAGAUAAUGUUUUCUCUAUUAUGGACUUGAACAGUAACAGUUUAAAUGAUUUUAAACACAAAUAUGGUUAUAUGCAAGACGAUGGUACACUUGUUAUUAAACCUGGAAUAAAAGGAAAUGUACAAUACCUUAUUGAUUUGUUAAAGAAAAAAUGUAUUGAUGACGCAAAAUUAGCUAAAUUACCCAAACGUAAUCAAUUAUUAUCAUCACUAGAUAAAACCACAGAUACAUCAUCAACAAUAACAAAAGCAACGUCGUCUGUUCCAUCCAAUAGUUCAUCAGAAAUAAUAACAUCAAAGUCUUCUAAUUUAUCAAUUAAUGAACAUAAAACAUAUCCAAUUAAUACAUUGAAUAGCUGGUGCGAAAAAAAUAAAUCAAAAUUUGAUUUAUCACAAUUAUCUUUAGUUGAAGGUCAACAUUAUUUUAUUUCGAUAUUUGAUGAUGUAAGUGGUGCAUUAAAAGGUAAUAUAAAAUGCUGUUGUAAAAAAUCGUUAUCAUUGACAAUUUUCCGUGGUAAAUUUCAACUGUCGAACUUCUACAGACACUUACAAGACUUUCGUAAUGGUAAUACAUGUAAUACAAUAAAAGAAAUAAUAAAACUUCAUCAAUUAAUGUCAUCAACAACAGCAGAUAAUCAAUAA